GACCAAUCAAGCUGAGCUAAUGGUUUGUUUACUUUCCUCCCGAGCAACACUUCUGUAACGCCUAAUCUCCCCUACCCUACUCUCUUUACCUGACUUUACGCCAUUCUGCAUUUUCACAUCCCACUUUACAUCAACAACAUUAUCACGACGACCCCUCCGCGUAUACAACAACUCACGAUAGUCGCCUGCUUUGCGCAUGCACCUCAUUGCAGUCGCCUGCUUCCCCUUUCACUAGAUCAUGUCCCAAGAUACGGGCCUUUGGAGCGUCCGUAGACCCAGAGAGACCCUUGGUGGUAUUAAUGCAAACAGCGCCAUUCCGCAGCCUGGUUCGACUAUGAAGCGAUCCAGCUCCAAUAUUGGCGGCAAUUACCCAGGCAGUCAUGUCCGUUCCAUGUCGGGAUCUAGGCAAUCCCUUGCCAUGCCACGACCUAACCAGCCUCUAUUCCAACGAUCGUCAUCUGGAACCAAUCUUGCUGACCUUGGCCUUUCGUCGGUGAAGCGCUCUUCGUUUGCGCCUAAAGCCUCCGCCUUCACACCAAAUCCUACAACACGAGCUUCCACUGAUGGCGAUCGGCGCAGCAGCGUGUACCGACCUCGUCAAUCUACCGCUCCUCCAACGACGCACCAGAGUUUCUUUCAAACUACGCCUGCCCCAGCUGGUGUACCCCGCGACCCGCGACCCCUGAAAGAUCGAUCUUUUCAAGCUCGUAUUGGACAAGAAAUUUUAGAAUACAUGGUCCAACACAACUUCGAAAUGGAGAUGAAGCAUGUUCUUUCGCAAAAUGUGCUCAAAUCGCCGACGCAGAAGGAUUUCAACUACAUGUUCCAGUGGCUCUAUCAUCGUAUAGACCCCAGCCAUAAGUUCCAGAAGAAUAUCGACCAGGAAGUGCCUCCUCUACUCAAGCAAAUGCGAUAUCCUUUCGAAAGAAGUAUCACAAAGAGUCAGAUUGCUGCUGUCGGAGGUCAGAACUGGAGUACAUUCCUUGGCCUUCUUCACUGGAUGAUGCAACUCGCACAGAUGCUCGACGGCUAUGUGAACUGCCAAUACGAUGAGGCUUGUAUGGAGAGUGGCAUUGACGUUAGUGGUGACCGCAUCAUCUUUGACUUCCUCAGUAAUGGUUACCGGGAUUGGUUGGCCAUGGACGAGGAUAUGGGUGAUGAAGAGGCUGAACGUGUUUUGGCCCCCCAUGUUCAAUCCAUGGCAGCCGCCUUUGAGCGAUCAAAUUCCAAAUACACAUCAGAACUCGAAAUGCUAGAAGCUGAAAACGCACGACUUCUUAAGGAAAUCGAGGAUUUGGAAAAGUCGACACCCGACCCUGCGGUUCUUGACAACCACUUCAAGAUUAUGGAGGAGGAUAAGAUCAAGUUUGAGGAGUAUAAUGCCCUGGCAAUGCAAAGGUCCGAGAAGUACGAGAGCCGGUCUCAAGUCCUUCAAGAAGAGCUCGACAAACUCAUGGAAGAGCUUCAAGAGGCCGACGAGGAGCGACGAAGCCUACAAAAAGCUGUGGAUGCCCAAGGAAUCAGCAUGCAGGAUAUUGACCGCAUGACUGCAGAGCGGGAGCGAUUGCAGCGCGGCAUUGAGUCAGCUGGCCAACGACUGGAGGAAGUAAAGAAGAAGGUGACGGAGCGAGAGACUGAGGCGAGCCGAAAACUAGAUGAAUUGGAGCAAAUGGUGGAUCGAUACAACACAAUGGCGUAUCAGAUUGCACUAAUCCCUUCGACGGCAGCCAACGCCAAGGGCAGGGAGUUUGAGCUCCAGGUCAUGGUGGCCGAUAGCUCGGAUUACACUUCUACCAACUUGAAGGGGUCAUCAGGCCCAUCGUCUGCGGACCGUCUCCUUGUUGACGCCACCACUGGAUACCAAGCAGGUCAUAUUCUCAACUUGGACCUUCGCGGACAAAUCCGAAACAGCUUCCUAUCGCUGCGCAAGGAAAUCUCAGAUCGCCGAGCAGCAGCGAUGGAAGAAAUGAUGAAGGAUCACGAUCUGCUUGAUGGCAUCAAGGAGGCCAUCGAAGACAGGCGCAGUGAAGUGGAGGCACUCAACCACCGUGUUCGAGCAGCAGAAGAGGAGUAUGAAAGAACGAAAGAGGUGUCGACAGCACAGAAGAUGGCCUCUGACGCACACAUUGAGAAGAUGGAGAAGGAACUGUCACGUAUGCGAGCUGGCUUGUCUGAGAAUGUGCAAAUUCUGGAGCAGCGUGAGAUCAACACAACAAUUGAAUACGAGCAACUUGUGCUUCAGGCCAACGCUCUCCGAGAAGAGCUUCACACGGAGAUUGACAGAAUGCUCAACGAUGUCAUCAAGUUCAAGAUUCAUGUCCAAAAGAACCUCGAUGACUACGAGGGCUUUGUAGCAGACGAGCUCGAGAAGGAGCUCGGUAGUGACGAGAUGGGUGAGGAGACUCGACAAAUGGAUAUGUGAUGAGAGCUAUGCAUGAAGCAAUCUUCUGAGACGCUUAUGAUGACGAUUAAUGUUUCGGGCGGCCUUCUGGUUUGUUUUAUGGCGUUUGGCUUCAUGAUUGGUCGACUGAUGGAUGAGUGAGAGCGGUUGGACACAAUCUCGUCUGACUGGUCACUGUCUCAAGUAUACAUACAUGCUCCAUCUCUGGUGGACAUGCUUUUGAUGAACGCGGGUUUGAGCAUUAUGACAUGUUAGUAAUGGUAGAUACCUGGUGGUUUGCUUUGGUGUUUUUAGGAAAGAUACCACGAGGCUAUCCGAUAUAGUUGGCCUUGAUUACGAAAAUUCUAGUUACGGAAAAAGCACAACGAUGUUAUUUCUCGAUUAUCAAUGUUGCAAUA